CAUACUAAGGUUUUAGUAUAUUCUUUGGACUAUAUAUAUAUAAAUACUCUCUCUCUCUCUUCAUAGAAUUUUCUCGUAAAAUUUCAAUCUUUUUUUCGCAGAUAACGAAAAAGCGAUAUCAAUCUCUGUUCUUUAUCAGUUGCUUGAGCUAUGGGAAAGAGGAAGUCGAAAUCAAAGCCGCCUCCAAAGAAAAGAAUGGACAAACUUGACACUGUCUUCAGUUGUCCUUUCUGUAGCCAUGGCACCAGUGUCGAAUGUCGCAUUGAUAUAAAGAACUUGAUUGGGGAGGCAAAUUGCAGGAUUUGUCAAGAGAGCUUCAGCACCACUGUUACAGCACUGACAGAGGCCAUUGACAUAUACAGUGAAUGGAUUGACGAGUGCGAACGUGUGAACAACCUUGAAGACGAUGAUGGUUCUUAGGUUCUAGUGACUCUGCUUUAGUUGUGUAGGCAGUAGCCUGAGAUGAUCUAAAGCCGACUUUAGCUUUGAUGUUAGUUCUGUUGAUAUUUCUAUGUUUCAUUACUAAAGUUGUACUUGAAGUUGCAAAAGCCUCUUGGGUUUGAUAAAUAAGCUCCAUGUGUGACAGGCUUUCUAUGUUCAAAUAAUUUGAAAUAGAUUAACGUGAAUUAUAUUAUGAAUGUGCUAUUA